GGUCUCAAUUAUUGGUUUUAUCCCACCUACAGACACCAUCAAAUUUCUUUGUUCUCUCUCGCACAUGUCGCUCUUCUUUGCCGAUCUUGAUGCUUCAUUAUUGAUUAUUGCUGUUGAAGACAAGAUGAAGACGAGGAUAAUUAUUGAUUAAUCAAUACAGUUUACUCUCCAGGCAUGUUUUCUUCAUGAAUCAAUACAACGUUUUGUGAUAUUUUUUAUUCAGAAUACGUUUAGUUCAAAUUAGUUCAGAUUAGGGUUUUUUUGUUCAGAUUUGUUACAUCGAUUUGUUUAGAUUAGGGUUUUUUGGUUCAGAUUUGUUACAUCGAUUUGUUCAGAUUAGGGUUUUUUAUUCAGAUUUGUUACAUCGAUUUGUUCAGAUUAGGGUUUCUUUUUGUUAAAAUGUUUUCAUUGAUUUGAUUGGAUUUUAUAUUUGAUCUUUCGGUAAUUCUCUUCCUAUGCGAAGACAAUGAAUCAGACAUUCAAGAUCAAGAUCUUGAAGAUCCCAUCGAAUUCUUAUGAUAAAUGGACAUUGUAGAGAGAGAUUGAUUGAUGCAUAAUUUAAAGAGAGAAAGGGUUCGAUAGAAGAGAGAUUGGGGUUGGCGCUGUAGGGGGGCUGCACCAGCGGCUUCGGUUGUCGAUGGUGGUGUCAUGCUCUGAAUUUUAUAGGCAAAGGAUUAAUGACUCUUGGGUUUCACACAGAAUGCAUGUCUGCCACUGCUGGUUCUUAUGGGUACAUUGCACUAGAUCGACCAAGAAGGUAUCUUUUAUGUUGCAGGAUAUGCAUACACACCAAAGGUAUUGCAAGAUAUUAAGAACAAGGGUUACAAAGGAAAAUGGCUUUAAAAGUAGAAAAUUGAAGAUUAUUUACGCUAAAAGAUAUAUUUUGGUGUGUGUUUGUUGGUGUUUGAACCAAUUGUUCCGAAUACCGAUGAGUUUCCAACGGCCUAUCUGACGAAAGGGCAGUGCCACGUGCGAUUUUGAGCGGCAAUUCAAUGAGUCUACUCUCUUUUCCUAUUAGUGCCACGUGUUUUUAAUAAGAAAUUGUUCAGUUGUAAACACUCUGUGUUGGAGUUCGAGUGCGAACAACUGAGUAACAGGUUUAGCAUUUGUCUUUAAACCGUGAUGAUCAGCUUCAGGGCUGCCCACCACAGAGGCGGCUCUAUGAUGACCCUGUGGAAAACAACAAAUGGAGGCAUUGCCAGAUGUGCGAAAGGAUGAUCGAAUCAAUGUGCGGGCGUGAGUUAUGUUAUUCUUGUGGUGCUAAAUAUGUUGAUAGUAAACUAGCAUUCAGAUGUGUGUCAUCGAAUACUAACGCAGAGACGAAACUGGCGAUUUUUCUUUGACUCGGGGUUCCAGCCCUGCACUAGAGUCAUUGGAGUCAUCAACAUUCAACACCAACCACAUCUACUUCCACUUUAGUUGAUAUUCAGAUAACCUGAGCUGGAAGAGAGCCAGGUCACGAUCUUGGAAUGAAUUUUGAAUCUGUGAUUUCCAGACUACGAUCCCAGCAGAUUGAGAGGGGGAGUCUGAUGGACAAAGUGCCAGGUUCUAAUUCGGAGAUUGAUGAUGAAUUUUAAAGAUUCAACAUCCGAGGGAGAGGAGUUUGUUGAUGAUAAAAUUCGAGUAAGGAUGCUUACAAUGGAGAACACUUCGGAGAGAAGUUCAAAGACUGAUAAAGACUGAAGGUUGACAAUCGAAGACUCGACACUGAAGACUCCGUCAACAUCCGAGGGGGAGUUUGUUGGUGCAUCCGUUUGUCGCCUACGUCUUGUAUCGAGUCUUGCUUAGGGUUAGUGAGAAUAGUGCACGGAAUCCAAGAUUCAUGUAAUUAUGAGUGAUUCCGCUUGAAAUGACAUCUUGUCAUUUCAAGCGAAAUCACAUAACAUGCUGAUUCCGCUCGAACUAGGUUAGUUUGUGAUUUCGCUUGAGCUGUUAAGUUGUGAUUCCGCUUGAACACUACAUGUUCAGUUCAAGCGGAAUAGGCACUACUAUGUAUAGUGUCACUUGGAGCGAAAUCAAGAAGUUAGUUCAGUUGUUGUCUUCCGGUGAGCCACGAAGUGCUGCCGAAGUGUUGUCAGGCUUGUAAACUGAUUGUUCAUCAAUAUAACAACAAGAUUAAAGUGAAUACGGCUGAGAUUGCACCAAAACAUUAGUUUCCGCCUCUUGUUUUGGAUAAAACUCUUCUGAUCGACUCAUUCGGGUCGGAAAACGAUCCUACAAAACUCCAGUUGCCAUUUGACGCUAUCUUCUUUUCAGUUCUUUGAAGUUUAAACCGAUCUAAAAAAGUUUACGUUGUGAGAUAAUCGAAAUUGAUGUUACAUCUUGAUCUUAUCGUGACUUAGCUAUCCUUGUGAUUGUACGGGUGGCUUGUUUAGGUGGCGGCAAAUGUAUAUAUACAAAAUUUAUUGUAAAUACAAGUAAUGGUUUCUAAGGGCUCACAACAACCAGUUGCAAGUUGCAGAUCUUCUCAAAUCUACAAUGGUAAUGUAUUUCCCUUAAAUUUCUGUGUUUUUCCAAUUAUGCUUAUCCACCAAUGCUUAUCAAUUUCAAAUAUGAUGUGGCACCAUUCAACCAAAACCAAAAAGUCGAGUGAUAAUACGCGGGUGUAAGGAUGCAUAUUCGCGGAUUGUGGAAUUGACUAAAAGUCGAGAGUUAAAGAUUAGAGAGCCAUCUUUGUAAGACAUAUUCCAUUAGCCCAUAAGCUUUUAUCUCAAAAACUCUUACAGCCUAUUGCCUGGUCUAUAUUUGGAAUUUGACAUGAACGCGCCCCAUCUUUUAUAUGUUAUAUACCCGAUUGUGCCAAGGUAAUACGCAGUCAGCCCUUUUGAUAUAUGAUAUAAGAGAGACUUAUCACUCACUUCUACAAACGAGUAUUAUUGAUUUUGUAUCUCCAGGUUCUGAACUGUAACACCUCGAAAAUUCAUGUCUAAUAUAAUAUCGACACGUGUCAUGGGCUUUAAACGUGUAAAAGAUUAACUUUGAGGGACUAAAGUUGACAAACAAAGAAUCUACCUAUGUAAAAGGAUUCAAGGUGUCAACAAUGGAUAAAUAUACCUUUCAAUAACCCUACACGAUGUUUAUACCCUUAAACGAAUGAAUUAUGGAUCAUACGAAGCCAAUUGUGGAAGAAAGUGAGAGAUUACAAACUGCAGGGGUUAAAUGUGUCAACAUGAUUAAUUUAUACCUCUGUGUUGGUGCAUCCGUCUGUCGACUUCGUCUUGUAUCGAGUCUUGUAGGUGAUUCCGCUUGAAAUGACUUCUUGUCAUUUCAAGCGAAAUCUCAAAUACUCUGAUUCCGCUCGAAAUAUUUCUGUUGAUUCCGCUCGAAUUUGUUGUUGUGAUUCCGCUUGAAAUGAACGUGUCAUGUUCAAGCGGAACCUGUUCACCUAUAAAUAGGUUAGUUUAGAGCGAAAUCAUUAUCUUAAUCUUCCGGUUUGCAAUGAAGUGCUGCCGAAGUGUCGUCAUGAUUGUAAAAGGCUUUUAUAUCAAUAAAAUCGACAAGUUAAAGUGAAUACAGUUGAAAUAACACUGAAACACUUGUUUCCGCCUCUUGUUUUGGUGAAAAACUCUUCUGAUCGACUCGUUCAGGUUUGAAAACGAUCCUACAAGUGGUAUCAGAGCUCAGGAGGAAGAGUUCUUGCCAUUUCAGCUGUGUUUUCUGUUUUCUACACCUUCUUCUUCAAAAUUGAAAAUUUUUCCACGGUAAAAUUGGCUCAAUUUUUCACAUAUCACGCGCAAUCAUGGUUUAACAAAUCCUGGAAAGUUUCAGAAUUAAAAUCAAACUAAAACUUGAUAUUUUUGCUAUUCCGCUUGAAAAUCAGCGUGUAAAUGAUGACAUCAGCAGCAUUUCUUGCUGAUUCUGUUUGAAAUCGUGGUUCCGCUUGAAGUUUUUUGGCUGUUUCCACUUGAAUUCAGUGAUUCCGCUUGAAAGAACUUGGUGAUUCCGCUUCAAAUCCUAUUCCGCUUGAACUUACUUUGUGAUUCCGCUUCAAGUGCCUAUCCCACUUGAAAGAGUGUUGUCGUUGAUUCCGCUUUAAAAGAGAUCUCACUUGAAAGUGUUCUUGCUAUUUCGCUUGAAUGGGAUAUUUCGCUUAAAAUUAGAAAAUUGUGACUUUUUGAUAAUUGAAUCAUGGAGAACGAGUUUUAUAACGCCUUUGCUGGUCCAAUGAACAUUACACAGAGUACAUUGCUUGAGAAUGAAACGGGGACAUCACAGAAACCACCUAAGCUUUUGGAUAUUGAUGAUUAUAAUGGGUGGUCCGAACAUUUUGGCAAUUGGGUUGAGGCUUAUCACUUGGAUGCAUGGGAACAUACUGAAGUUCCAUAUGAAAGGCCAACAAAGAACGGUAAUCAGAUAAUGCCAAUCAGGGAAAUGAGUGCUGAUGAUAAAAAGAAGUAUAGAGAUGAGAAAUUGAUGGUGAGUCUGUUACAGCGAGCGAUUAAAGAGGACAUUUUGGUUCUGCUUCAACAUGAUGGAAGUGCAUAUUCGAUCUGGAAUGAAUUGGAAGCAAAAUUUCUGGGAAGUGAUGAUAUGCUCAAGAACAAGAUGUCACUCAUGAAGAAAGAAUUUGAUCUAUUUCGUGGUUUGAAAUCAAAAAACACCAAGCAGAUUAUUGAAAGAUAUUGUAACUUGGUGAAAAAUAUGACGAAAUUGGGCAUCAAAAAGGAUACAGAUGAGCUGAUUGAGAAACUUGCAGAUGCGUUACCACAUGAUAUUUGGGGAACGUAUCUGAUGAUGUUGAGAAACAACAGAAAAGAAUAUAAAAAGGUAACACUGGGUGAGUUUAUUAAACAUCUGGAGGCUCAAGAGAUGGAGCAAAGGAAGAUUGCCAGGAUGAAGAACUAAGAUGGAGAACAAGACAUCGGCUUGUACUUUAAAAGUGGUGUUAGUGAAAAGACAAAUUUCUCUCCAAAGAUUGAAACUGCUUUUAAUGCGAAAGGUUCUUCUGAAAGUUCAUCUCAGGGAUCAAGCAGCACAACAGGAUUUUCUUCAUUUCCAACAUUUGAUCCACAGUUUUCUACAACAAAGAGUGGCAAAGUUCUUCAAUGCAACAUUGCCUUAAAACUUGAAAAUGAUCAGAAUUAUACUGAGGAAGUUGCUAAAAGUCACACGUCUUUGUUGGUAACAGUGCUUGAAUCCUAUGGAGGCUUAGUUGCAGGGAGGAUUGGGAAUCCAAUGCUCACGAAAAAGGAUUACGAUCAAAUUGAUGCCGAGGAAAUGGAAUUGAUGGAUAUAAAAUGGUGCAUGACUAGUGUGUUGAGAAGGGCUGAAAAGUUUAAACAAAUUACAGGCAGAGAUGAUUUUCGCGAGGCACAUGUUUUAACUUUAGGUUUUGAUAAGUCUAAAGUUACUUGUUUUCGUUGUUGGGAAAGGGGGCAUUUCAAGAGAGAAUGCACAAAUCGAGAAGCGAGUGGAGCUCAAAAUCCUUUCGGAAACAACGACUACUACAAAAGGGCGAUUUAUCAUCAAGUUACACAUCAGCCACAUCAACAACAACAGGCACAAACUGCACAUGGUAGAAAAGAAAUUGAAGACUCAAAGAGAGCAUGUCUGGUUAAUCAGGGCAAGGACAGUGGUUUCAGCUGGGAUAAAUACAUUUCAACGGAUAGUAAAGUGUGUUUGGCAGAUCAAGAUGAUGAAAGAUUGCCUGAAGAUUUCAGUUGGGACAAUUAUUGCCCAGACCAAGAAUUCAUGGCCAAAGAGAUGUUAAAUGCUAAAGCUUUUGUUGCUAAUGUUACUGAUGAAUAUUGGGCUGAAAAAUACAGAAAAAUCAGGGAAGCUGAAGAGGAGAAAUGGAGAAAAAUUGAAGAAGAAGAAGAAGAAAGAAGAAAAGCUGAAGCUGAGAAAAAGAAAAGAAAAGAAGAAGUUCAAGUGAGAAGAAGAAUCAAAGAAGUUUCGGAGUUUGAGAUCAAAACUGAUGCUGAAGCAGUAAAAGUUCCAGAGAAGUGUAUGAAUUGUGAUUCUUUGAUCAAACAAAACAAUGAGCUGCUACACAACAUAAAAAGGCUGAAAGAAUCAUAUAAUACUUUGAACAGAGAGAUUAAUAAGUACACCGAGUCGAAUAGUGAACAAGCUGUAGCAUUGAAUACACUCAAAGGAGCAUACAUGAGACAGCUUGACAACGUUAACUACAACACAGAGAAGUGUGCUGAGCUUGAAUUGAAGUUGGCAACCUACAAAGAAUUGAAACUGAAAGAGUCAACAAUUUAUUGAAAAGUUACUCAUGUUCUACUUUUGUUGUUGAUAGAAUUUAUCCGAUUGUGGAAAAAUUGAAGACGUUUGAGGAUGAGAAGACUUCAGAAGAAAAGAAGUCCGAGACAAAAGAAGAGGAUGAAGUGGAAAUUUCUAGAAAAACGACAGAGGCUGAAAAGGAACAAGCUUUCAGAAAGCAGACAAACGAAGAAUUCCUUGCAAAGAAGCAAGAGGACAUGAAGAAAAGUGGUGCUCAGAAGACUAUAGAGACAAGAACCUGUUUCCAGUGUAAAACAAUCGGUCAUAUAGCCAGGAAUUGUCCAAAGGCAAUACAGACAAAACAGGGAGUCUCUGGUAAACUGAAAGAUAAAGUGGUUGA